UACAAGCAGACACCCACACGCUAUUUCUCAACAGACUCCCACACACACUUUCUCACAUUUGCCGCGCACACAUCAGAGCACCUGGUUUGUAGCCACUCAGUGUUUGGCUCCUUUCCCGUCACCAUGCUGUCCUGUGUCUGGCUGUUGGCUUUGUGGCUAACAGGACACACUGUCGCUGUUGUGUUAUACGAGCAAACUGAGAGGAACUGCUCGCUGUCCCCACCGUACCUCCCCAGCACAGCAGUAAAUACCACCCUCCAGCUGCAGGAGUUACGAGAACUAAUGCGUCCCCUGAAUAUCUCUGCCUACAUUAUCCCUGGCACUGAUGCCCACCUGAGUGAGUAUAUCGCAACACGUGAUGCCAGGAUGGCCUUCAUGACCGGCUUUACAGGCUCCGCAGGAACUGCCAUAGUUACCCCGACGAAGGCAGCUCUGUGGACAGACAGCCGCUACUGGGUCCAAGCCGAGAGACAGCUGGACUGCAACUGGGAGCUGGAAAAAGACGUGUCCAUCAUGAGUAUAGCAGAGUGGCUCAUCUCCGAGGUUCCACAAGGCGGCGAGAUCGGCUUUGACCCCUUCCUCUUCUCCCUUCAAACACAGGAGAACUACAACAUGAAUCUGGAGCCAAGCAAUCGCAGUCUCAAGUCCAUCCCUGUGAACCAGGUCGACAAAGUGUGGACUGCCCGACCGCCCCUCCCUCUUGACAACAUCACCCGCCUGCCCGACAGAGUCAUACAACGGUCCUGGCAAAUAAAAGUGGAGGACAUACGGAAUCAGAUGAGGGACAAUCCAUACGAACCGACAGCUGUUCUGCUCUCAGCACUGGACGAAACAGCCUGGCUGUUUAAUCUGCGGGGCAACGACAUCCCAUUCAAUCCCUUCUUCUACUCCUACACACUCCUCACAAUGGAUCACAUCUGGCUCUUUGUGCACACGCACAGAGUUUCAGAGGAGCUGAAGGUGUACCUGAACGCGUCCUGUGAGGGGUCGCUCUGUGUGCAGCUCAAAGAAUACGACACUGUCAGAGAUAAUCUGAAGGAGUAUGUGGCCCAGCCGGGCGUUAAAGUGUGGAUCGGCACUGAAUACACAAACUACGCACUAUAUGAGAUCAUUACACCAGAGGAAAAACUACUGACAAGCUCCUACUCUCCUGUGCUCACAACUAAAGCGGUGAAGGAUGAGACAGAGCAGCGGAUCUUAAGGGACGCUCAUGUGAGGGAUGCAGUCGCAGUCAUCCAGCUGCUGAUGUGGCUGGAGAAGGCGGUGCCACAGGGGAAAGAGACCGAGCUGACGGCUGCAGAAUACGUCAAUAAAUGUCGAAGCAAACAGAAGGACAGCAGAGGCCCGAGCUUUGAGACCAUCUCUGCAAGUGGACCCAAUGCUGCACUCGCCCAUUACAGUCCUCCACUAGAAGCAAGCCGGAGGUUGACAGUUGACGAGAUGUACCUGAUCGACUCAGGCGGGCAGUAUCUAGACGGGACCACUGACAUCACUCGGACAGUUCACUGGGGAACCCCUACAGCCAUGCAAAAGGAUGCCUACACUCGAGUGCUCAUGGGAAACAUUGAGAUAUCACGAACCAUCUUCCCCUCAGGAACAAGAGGUGUAAAUAUGGAGAUGCUUGGCCGCAGGGCAUUGUGGGAGGUGGGCCUGAACUAUGGCCAUGGCACAGGUCAUGGUGUUGGAAACUACUUUGGAGUUCAUGAGUGGCCAGUUGGCUUUCAGGGCAACAACAUCCCCUUCAGGUCAGGCAUGUUUACAUCUAUAGAACCUGGGUACUACAAGGAGAAUGACUUUGGGAUCAGAAUUGAAGACGUUGUUGUUGUUGUUCCUGUUCAAACAAAGUACGGUCAUAACUACAUGACCUUUGACACCGUGUCGCUGGUCCCAUACGACAGGAAACUGAUCGACACCUCUCUCCUCAGCUCAGAACAGCUUCGUUGGCUGAAUAAUUACUAUGAGACUAUCCGGAGGCUGGUGGGUCCUGAGCUGGACAAACAAAAACUACACAAGGAAAAGGACUGGAUGCUGAAAAACACUGAGCCCUUCAGUGCAUCUGGGUCCUCUGCCUCUGUGUGCUCCUCCUCGCUGACCCUCAUAGCUCUGACCGUCACUGUUCUCCACAACAUCAACUGAACAUCUUCAUCUCUGCUCCAACUCGCACACCGAUGUUACCCCUAUGCAGUCUCUGUUGAGCAGCUAUACCAGGUUGAGAGUGCACUGCAAUUUAGCCUUUUCAAAAUAAAAAGGCUACAUCUGUUUGAUUAUUUAAAUUGUUUAAUUAUAUGGAGAAUAUGCUGAUAUUGUAUAGAAAGUUAGAAAAUGA